GCCAACUGCCAACCAUCCCUCUAAUUCAUUUUUUUUUCUUACCUCCACUCCGUUCACUACAACCAAACUUUUGCACUACAAGCAACUCAACUCUGAGCGUCAAGCAAUUUCCCCUUCGCUCACGAUCCUCCACAGAGGUAUGUUAUAAUAGUAAUAAUAAUUCGCCAUGCCUUGAAUUAAAGGCAUUUAAUCCUUCCCCCAAUGCGCCCUUCAAGAAGCCGGGGGAGAGCAAUCAGAGACCUUGCCGCCGACCUUCGCAUCACGCAUCACGAUGGACGAGUUGGGUUUCUGAUACGCUUCUCCUCUCCAGUACUGAGCGGGCAGAACCCUCCCCAAAGUGGCACAUUGGGGGAGGGCACUCUCCAUGCUCUUGGCUUUUGAAGGCUAACCAAAACACCGUUACGAAACAGAUACCUCACAUCCUUUUCGAACGAUCUGAGAAUCUCGCACCACCGCCAAAAUGGUCAAGACUUCCGUUCUGAACGAUGCGCUCAACGCCAUCAACAACGCCGAGAAGACCGGCAAGCGCCAGGUUCUCAUCCGACCUAGCUCCAAGGUCAUUGUCAAGUUCUUGACCGUCAUGCAGCGCCACGGCUACAUUGGCGAGUUCGAGGAGGUUGAUGACCACCGAUCCGGCAAGAUCGUUGUGCAGUUGAACGGCCGCAUCAACAAGUGCGGUGUCAUCUCUCCCCGCUACAACGUCCACCUUACCCAGCUCGAGAAGUGGGUUGUCAAGCUGCUCCCCGCCCGUCAGUUCGGCUACAUAAUCCUCACCACCUCCGCCGGUAUCAUGGACCACGAGGAGGCCCGAAGAAAGCACGUCGCUGGCAAGAUCAUUGGUUUCUUCUACUAAAGCGGACGAAAAAAAGGGGGAAUUAAAAAAAGAACAAUGGGAUAGGAACUGACUGAGAGAGCAUUUUCGGCGUUUGGGAGGAAAUGGAUAAUGGCCAAGCUAAUGAUGCUUGAUGUUGUUUUCAGCCAAAUACACACCAUGAUACCACGAAAUGCUAUACAAAGUCCAGUUCUUGCAUGCGUCUAGCCUAUUGACUCGUUGUUUUUCCCC